AUGGACGAGGCGGCCCAAACUGAAAGCAGCAACGAAACAGACUCCUUACAGUGCGGCAUCGGCGAACUUCCUGUCGAGCUCCUUGAUCUCGUUUUGGAAAGCGUACGAGAGGACAGAGUGACCAUCCUGGCCUGCUCGUGGGUAUCGCGCCUGUGGCACGAAGUCGCCCUUCCGUAUCUCUUCGCUUCCCUGAAGAUCGCGUCCAAGUACGACUUUGUCGAUUUCCACGGAUUCUUGCAGAUGCACCCCCACAUCGCUUGCCGCGUACGCAAGCUUCAGCUCAAGGUCGCUUACACCGAAUGGACGGACCGUAUGAGACGCCAGGACGAUUACCCUGUCGUCGGACGCGCUCAACUCAUCGCUCUUGUAGCACUACUUCCCCGCCUGCAGGAGCUUCAUCUCUACGACCUCUGGCUGAUCGACUCGCCGAACCCCGCCUCAGACGCCCCCAAUCCCCUCCCCACACGCACGCUGGAGAAGCUAACCGUCGAGCGCUGUUCCGCCCCGGGGCUAGCCACGACUCUGUCCCUGGUAACGGUUCUGAACAUCAUCUCGGUCUUUGACUCCAUCGACACCUUGGAGCUACUCGCGAUGCAAAUCUCUAGCGGGACUACAAAACGCGCGCGUCAUAUCCGGACACUCAACGUGGCCGCGCUCAUCACCGGAGACCUCAGCACACACGGGUCCCGAUUCGCAGCCAGUGCCCUCUAUGACCCACUGCGCGCGUCCCUCGCCCCGGGGUGCCUCCGCUCGCUCGAGCUGGAGUGCAUCGGCGCGCCGUUGGUGCACGUGUCGGCGGUACUGCCCAGCUUCGGCGCACUAGUGGCGAGUGCGGCCCGCAACGCGCUGCACAUCCAUAUUCCGUUCCAAGUGUCCCUUCCUCAGAUCGGACCCAACGGAGACUCUCCAGAGCAUUGGCGCGCCCUCAACCUGCAAGCGUGUACCUCUCUCAGGUCCCUCACCCUCGAUGUCCUCGUACCCCGGUCCAACGUGUGCCCUCCAGAGGGCUGGAUAGACACCCCAGACGCUUCGGUGGCCCAGGUCUGCCGCGCGCUCCUCGCGAACGUCCCCAUGACCAUCCGCGUGCUUACGCUCAAGUUCUGGCGCUUGGACACGCGCUGGGGGACCGAGUUCGACAAUGCGACGUCGCUCGGGCUGCGCGCGCUCGACGCUGCGCUGGCUGCACGGCAUGAAUACUUGAAACGGCUCGAGGUCAUGAUAAGCAUUUGUGUUGACGAGGAGGGGACUUCGUUGGCGUUGUUGACGGCGAUGCCGGAGCUGCGCGCGAAGGGGAUGCUCAGAGUGGUCGAAUGGCGUGGGCGUGCGCUUGCUACCUACGCGACGCGUUUGUUCCCGGAACUGUCUAUGAAGAACGAGACGCGCGGUUCCGACCCCAGAGAUCCCGAGAAGUACUAA